AUUGAAAAAAAAAAACAUCACACCUACCAUCCCGACCGCUGCUACCCUUUGAUAUAUAUGAUCCAUUUAGCUGCACCUGGCAACAGAAUUUAACUUCCUAUCAUCAAUCAAAAACCCUGCAACACCACAUCAAGAUUAAACCCCCCGUUUGCCAAUUUCAUCAAAUCACUUUCUUCGUUAGCUUUCGUGAAAUAGUCGUGUUUUGAUGCUUAUUAACGUAAUAAAAAUUUGAAAUUAUCGAGAAAUAGAUUAUGGUGUUCUUGUCUUGGACUCGCCCUUCUCCCAAAGAGCAGAAGGAUUGCAUUAGCAAGUCAGGUACCUUCAACUAUGACAGUAAAUACAGAGGAGCUACUGUAAAACCAUUGUCUGUUCUUAAAGAAGAUAAAGAGCUUUCAAAAGAUGGAUUUUUAAUCAAUCAUUCAAAAACUUUAGUGGGAUCAGGCUCUGACGCAUACGAAAAGGGCAAGACUGCUCUGCAAACUUGGAGGCAUUUCGGAUUGAGUUGGGCAUUUGUUGAUCCAAAGACACCAAUUGAAAAUGGGGUGAAGUUUUGUGCUUGUGUGAAGGAGUUCUUUCCAUGGCUCAGGAUGCCAUUGCAGGUUGUUUAUGUUAAUGAAACUAGAAACCCUAAAUUGGCUGUUUCUUCUUUUGGUUUUGGUGGAGGCACUCUCAGAGGACACUUACUGUCUGGUGAAGAGCGGUUUUCAGUUGAGAUGGAUGAAGAGAAACAAGUUUGGUAUGAAAUACUUUCCUUCUCAAAACCAGCACAUCCUCUCUCUGUGAUUGGGUACCCAUAUGUAUUUCUUAGACAAAAGUAUUUUGCUCAACAAUCUAGUGAUGCAGUCAGAAAAUUUGUAUCCUCAAAGUAAACUCUACAACAUUCUGCUAUUAUGAAUUCACAAUCUUUCAUCCAUGUUUCUGUUCUCUUUUAUGUUUACAAGAAAUGAAUAGAAUCCCCCAAUUGUAUGUUCACAAUUUGUUAUUGACUUGUGUCCUUGAGGGGUUUAAACUUUCUAUUGAGAACUCAUGAAGUAAAAACAGAUACAACACCAAUACCCAAUAGAAGAAGGAGACGAUUGCAAAAAAGAUACAGUUGAAAACGGGUAAACACAUAAAUGACUACCAUAUAACAUACUUAACCAAUUUCGCAA